AAUGCCGUUUUGUUUCACAACGUUCUUUCGAACUCACUUCCCUCGCUCGCACCCUUCUUUCCAAUGCCUCCCUAUAUAUAGGUCCAUUCAUUUUCAGAUUUUAUUUGCUCCCCCUUUCCUUUCGCCCCUCACUCUCUUUCUCACCCAACAUUUUCAUUUCCCACCGCUCAUUCCAAUCUAUUUAUUUCUCUCUCUCCAAUCUCCCCUCUCUCUUCAUUUCACGGCCCACAUUCCCCAUUUCUCUGGUGUCUUUGGCCUUUCAAGGAAAAAAAUGGCAGAGACAAAACCAGACACACCGUUGAUGCCACCAUCAUCACGGAACCUUCCAGACUUCAAGAAGUCCGUGAAAUUGAAGUAUGUGAAGCUUGGUUAUCAUUACCUUAUCACACAUGGCAUGUACCUCUUUCUUUCCCCUCUGGUGGUGCUGGUUGCAGUGCAGCUCUCAUCCUUCUCCCCCGAAGAUCUUCAUGACAUUUGGGACCACCUACAAUACAAUUUGAUAUCCGUUAUUCUUUGCUCCACUCUCAUUGUAUUCUUGUCGACCCUAUAUAUUAUGACUCGUCCUCGACCAGUGUACCUUGUCAAUUUCUCAUGCUACAAGCCCGAAGAAGCUCGCAAAUGCUCAAAGAAGAUAUUCAUGGACCAGUCUCGGAAGAGUGGUUUUUUCACAGAGGAAACUCUUGAAUUCCAGAGGAAGAUUCUAGAGAGGGCAGGCCUUGGGGAGGACACUUACUUUCCAGAAGCUGUUCUCAACAAUCCUCCCAACCCUUCAAUGGCAGAGGCAAGAAAAGAGGCCGAGCUUGUUAUGUUUGGUGCAAUUGAUGAGCUGUUUGCUAAGACUACUGUGAAGCCUAAGGACAUUGGAAUUCUGAUUGUGAAUUGCAGUCUCUUUUGCCCCACGCCAUCGCUUUCAGCAAUGAUUAUCAAUCAUUAUAAGCUCAGGGGGAACAUAAAGAGCCUCAACCUUGGUGGGAUGGGAUGCAGUGCAGGUCUGAUUUCAAUUGAUCUUGCUAAGGACCUUCUCCAAGUCCACCCCAAUUCCUAUGCACUGAUUGUUAGCAUGGAAAACAUCACUUUGAAUUGGUACCCUGGGAAUGACCGAUCCAAGCUUGUUUCCAAUUGUUUGUUCCGUAUGGGAGGGGCUGCAGUUCUGCUUUCUAACAAAAGCUGUGAUAGUAGAAUAUCCAAAUACAGGCUGGUUCACACCGUUCGCACUAAUAAGGCUUCUGAUGACAAGUGCUUUGGCUGCGUCAUCCAAGAGGAAGAUUCCAAUGGCAAGAUUGGUGUUACUUUGUCAAAAGAUUUGAUGGCAGUUGCAGGUGAUGCUUUGAAAACCAACAUCACCACAUUGGGGCCUCUUGUCCUUCCAAUGUCUGAACAGCUCUUGUUCUUCGCCACAUUGGUUGGGAAGAAGCUUUUCAAGAUGAAGAUCAAGCCUUAUAUUCCAGAUUUCAAGCUGGCUUUUGAGCACUUUUGCAUCCAUGCCGGUGGCAGAGCUGUGUUAGAUGAGCUGGAGAAGAACUUGCAGUUGUCCACUUGGCAUAUGGAGCCAUCAAGGAUGACGCUUUACCGUUUUGGAAACACCUCCAGCAGUUCUCUUUGGUAUGAAUUGGCUUAUACAGAAGCCAAAGGGAGGAUCAGGAGGGGUGACAGAACAUGGCAGAUAGCAUUUGGGUCUGGAUUCAAGUGCAACAGUGCAGUGUGGAAGGCGCUCAGGACCAUCAAUCCUGCCAAGGAGAAGAACCCUUGGAUGGACGAGAUUGACAAGUUCCCUGUUGAAGUUCCAAGGAUUUCGCCCCUCUAAACAUGCAGUUUGAAGUAUUUUUGUCAGUGUUAGGUGGUAGCUGGUGAAGUGGUGCAAGGGGGAUGAGGCGUAGGUCUGGCUUGUGGGAUACAUUUUGUUUGUUAUUAAAUCUAAUUUAGUCAAGGAUUGGUGCAAGAGCUUUGGACUGCUUGGUUUCUUAGCAAUCUAUUGUUCUGUGGUAGUGAAAUGUAAUUACAAUCCUAUUCGGGGAUUUGUCAGAUACAUUUACAAUUCUUUCCCAUGUUGAAAUGGAAAAAAAUUCAUAUAUUCUUUUAGUUAUCGA